CAAAAAUAGUAACUUUGCUGGGGGCACAUAUAUAAAGCAAGCUGCUCCUCCAUUUUGAACCAGUUAUAAAUACAUGUUGCUAUCUAAAUUUACCCCAUAACCACUUUUGGAAUCGUUUCGACCACUCCGUAUUUAUUCAGGGAUAUAAUUUAUUGUACAAACAUGCAAGCGAUUAAAUGCGUGGUUGUUGGAGACGGUGCUGUUGGUAAGACAUGCCUGCUGAUCAGUUACACAACGAAUGCCUUCCCUGGGGAAUAUAUUCCAACUGUGUUUGACAAUUAUUCAGCCAAUGUAAUGGUAGAUGGCAAGCCUAUUAAUCUAGGAUUAUGGGAUACUGCAGGGCAGGAAGACUAUGACAGGUUACGACCUCUUUCAUACCCACAGACAGAUGUUUUUUUGAUCUGUUUCUCCUUGAUAAGCCCUGCCAGUUUUGAAAAUGUUAGGGCUAAGUGGUACCCAGAAGUUAGCCACCAUUGUCCAAAUACACCUAUUAUACUUGUUGGAACCAAGCUUGAUCUGAGAGAAGACAAAGAAACUGUUGAGAAACUACGGGAAAAGAAGUUAUCGCCUAUUACUUACCCACAAAGCCUUGCAAUGGCAAAAGAAAUUGGGGCCGUCAAAUAUCUAGAAUGCUCUGCUCUGACACAGAAGGGACUGAAGACGGUGUUUGAUGAAGCCAUCAGAGCAGUACUGUGUCCAAAACCCAAGCCUAAGAAAAAGCCCAAGUGUAAUCUUUUAUGAGGACUUCCAUCUUUAUGUGUAAAAAAGAUAAAAUUGAUCAUGCAUAGUAUUUGUUAGACAUGCGUUGUUUUUCUAUUUCUUAACAUCUCUGACUUUAACUUGAAAUUAUUUUGUUUCAUUUUAUAAACAAAUUUACAUGUGAUGGUGUAAAUGAAAUUCACAAGUUUUCACAUCAUUUUCAAAACUGAAAAUUUCCACCUUUUAACUUUUUUCAAUAAGGGUUGGUCAAAUCCAAGUUCGUAAAAUGUAAAGAUAUUCAGCCAGAAGAUAAAACAAGUUUAGUCAAAAUGAAAAGAAUGUCAGAAUUUGAGAAGAAAUGGAUGCACAAGGUUUUUUUAUAUUAAGUGAACAAAGUUCCGUUAAGUGUUCUUUAAGCUUCAGUGUUUGUUGACUGAAUCUUGUUACAGUGUUAUUGUUUACGUGUCAAACAUGUUUUUUGCCAUUGUACAAAUCAAACGUCAAGUUAAAAUGAAUGUUAAAUCAGAAUUUUGAUUAUGAAGCAAUUGAAACCUUUUUUUUUUUUUUUUUUUAUUAGAAAAGUUAUUACUUAUAAAGUCUACUUUAAGUUGCAAGUUCUAGCUGAUACGUCACUACUUUUUGACUUGUUUAUAUUUGGAAUAAACAUGUUUACUUGCAACCAUGGCCUAAAUGAAUGCUAUACAUACCUUUUUAAAAAUGAUCAACCUGUACAUCACAAUUGUCAUGUGAUUUUCACGUUUGUUAUAGCUCGAAAGUCAAGGUUCAUAUUUUGUUAUCUAUGUAACAGAGCAUCUGAUGAUUGGAUAAUGCUUUUGCCUUUGAUGUUGGUGUAAGUGAUUGAUCUUGCUUUCACUUUAAGGGACAAAAUGAACUUAAAAUAUUGAUAGAUUACAAUAUACAAUUUAAAUAUACACAUGUACUUUAUUAAAAAUAUUAACAAUUUUCAGAAUAUAAAGCAAUGAAAGUUUUGCAAAGAGCUAGAUAACCUCCACCUGAGGAACUUAGUUUGGCAGUGAAUGUUUGUUGAAUAAGACUGCUCCACUAGUGUUACAAGAUGUGGGUCGGUGGGGGGUAUUAAUAAAAUGUUACCAGCUUCCAAAAAUUCAGAUUUUUUUAUUAUUUUUUUUGUAUAUCAAACAUACAAAAAAUGUCUGAAUGUACAUACUUGUAUAGUUCCAAAAAUGUGUACAUAAGAUUUGUAUUUUCUAGACAAUUUUUAUACAAUCUUGUUGAUAAUGUUGAAAUUAGUAGGUUUUCUUAGAAGACAUUAUGCACAUAUGACAUAGAUAAGUGUUAUCAUUCUUCUAUUGUUUCUUGAACAUGCUGACUAAAUUCAAGAUAUAUUUGUCUUUUUUUUUAAAAUUUUAUCUAUGGUGUUGGUUUAAACUAUAUUGCACAUAUAAAAUCUGAAACAUAAAAAACUGCUAGCAUAAGCAUACGUACAACAUUCUGUUUAAUUAUUUUAUUUAUGUUUAAUUGUAAUAUGAAAGUUUUGUGGAAUUUAGUGAUUUGUAUAUUCUAUGAAGUUAUUUUAAACCAUUGAUCACUCUAUAUUUGCAGCUUUGCACAGUUGCAAUGUUACAUGUUUAAACAUGUGUGAUUUCUUUUUAAUGUUGCUGUUAGAAGUUUAUUUUCUGUGAUCAUUUCAUAUGUAUGUAUGCAGAUGUUUAUUUGGAGGCUUUAUAUACUCUAUAAGCUGUUGAUCUAGUUUGCUUCAGCCUUUGUUUUAAGUGCUUAUACACCCUUCAUUCCUCUUUGUGUCCUUAUCAAUGCUAGCUUGAGGCUAGCUUACUGUUUAGGUGGUUCCGGUGUAACCUGUUGUGAUCUAUUGAUGCUUAUCCGCCCUUUGUUACAUUUACUUGUCUGGUUACAUGUACACCAAAUUAUAGUGCAUUGAAUUAAGAUUCAAAUAGACCAAUAUGUAUGUUAAGUAGUUAUACGUUUUUCAGGUUGCAAAAAAUAAAAAUAAGUUUGACCAGAUAAUUAGAAAUUGAAAUAAUUCCUUAUGGGGCGUUUUUUGUCUUGUGGUUUUUUUUUCACCAUUUAAAUCAUCUUCUGUCAAAUUUAAAUUCACAUAGUUUCUUAAGUUUUUCUUUUACAAUGUAAAAUGACUAUGCUAGUUUAGUGAGGGACAUGCUGUGACCUGUUUGGUUCUGUUCUGUAUAUUUAAUGUGACAGUUUAUAUAUAUUUAAAGUUUAUGAUUUGUAUAGAUAGCAUUUAUAACAUACAUGCAUUAUAGAUUGCAAGUCUGUACUGAUUAGCAGAAUUAAAUUUACUCUAGAUCGCCUUUACAUAUACAAAUUUGGACAGAAACAGUUCAAUAAACAGAAGUCAGUCUUUGUAAAUGAAAGCUUAAUUGUGGUUGUUAUUAGAUCUUUUGUUAAGUAAUUCUUUUUAAACACUUUCAAUUAAGUGCCUGGGGAUCUGCUCUAAAUGAUUUUAUGCAAGAUAAACUUAAAAAAAAUAAAUAUUUAUAAGCGGAAAAGCAGAACAGAAUAACUAAUAAGUAAUGUUUCCAUUCUAUAUUGUAUAUAUAUAGCAGGGAUUGACCAUCUUCAAGUUUCUUAUUUCAUGAAAAAAAUAGACCAAUUCUAGGUUGUGUUCAUGGGCAUUGAUAUAACAUGUAAACAGAAAUCUUACUUUAUGAUACAUGCUACAAUGUAAAUUAUCCAGAAUUUAUUUUUGGUGAUGAGAAUGUAACCCCAGAGUGUGGUUGCUAAAGUCUGAAGUGUAUUUACUUUGUCUAUUUAAGGCUUAAGGAUAAACACUACCACUAUCGAUAAUUACUUAAAAUAACAUCUCCAGUCAACUCUUCAGAAUUAAUAUGACAGAAAAAAGAUUUUGGAAAUGUAAAUAAUGAUGUUGAGCAAUUGAGUCAGUAUUUAAUUAAUUGAUAGUUAAUUAAAUAAAUGUUAGGUAAGGUAUACUUCUUGAAGGGAAACUAACAGCAAGAUUUGCGUUGGUUUGCUUUUAAGUUGCUAUAACUUACAAAUUAUUCAGUUAAUUUUGUGUAUUUUGCUCGCUUCAGAAUUCAUAUACAUUCUUGUUAUAUAUCGUUUCUUACAAGCAUUUUAUAUCAUCUACAAAGAUGAUAUGGGUAUCCUCUUGCUUGAACUGUAAUGGUUAGUUUGAACAAAUGUAAACAGCUUAAUUAGUUGUUGAUAAGCUAAAUGUUGUAAGAGUUGUUUUAUAUAGUGGUAGAGUUGGGAAUAGCAGCAUGGUUAUUUGUAAGAAGCUCUAGGGGUGCUUUUAUUACUUAUAUGUAUACUUUGUAUAUUUUUCAAAUUUGUUGAAUGUAUUCAUUUUUUAAUGCUAUAUCUUUAUAUAUAAUUAAAAUCAUACUUAAUAAAGACAUCACAAUGAA